UGUCUAUACACUAUAAUGUAGGAGAAGUGUAUAACACAUAAAUAUAAUAAGUGUCGAGUGUCGAGGAUUACAAAAUAUUACAAUGCACCUACUCAGUCAGUGGAAUAAAAAACGUUAUCGUAACGAUAUUUCCGGUGUGGCGUUAUCAGUCGCACUUACUCUGUAUCAAGUAUCCAUCAACGAUUGCUUAUUUAUUAACUUUUGAAAAAUGUAGUUGUUAAUGUUUCAGUAUUUUAAUGUACUAUUGUACUUAUUGUUUUGUAUAUAUAUUUUUUUUCACUCCUGCACUUCUCAGUUCAUUUUAUGACUUCGCGUGUAACGUGAUAUAGUUUCUUAAACAUUCUAGCCCGUCAAGAGCUAUGUGGAAAUCCAGCAAUUGGGCUAGUUUGUUCCCCACUAAGACAUCUUUUGUGGUAUUUGUCCUGUACAUAGCACUGUCAAUGAAUCACGGAUUAUUAGUCAAAUUAUCACAAGAUAAAGGCACAUAUAACUAUAACGUUGUGUCAGUAAUUAUUUUAACCGAAGUUAUAAAACUAGUAAUAUCCCUGUUUUUGUUUUGUAAAGACAAUCCCUUAAGAAACAUUAUUGAUCAGACUAGGGAGAACUAUACUGUACUCUUUCUCUACAUGGUACCGGCACUUCUCUACUGCCUGUAUAAUAAUUUGGCAUUUGUGAACCUAUCAAUAUUCGACCCAACUACAUAUUUUAUUCUUCUUCAACUUCGGGUCAUACUUACUGGUAUUGUAUAUCAAUGUUUGUUUAAAAAGGAUCUCAGCAAAAUUCAAUGGUUAUCUUUAAUCCUUUUGACUAUUGGAUGUAUGAUAAAAGAGUUGAAAAUGGAGGGCAGUAUUCGACAACAGUCUUAUGGUUUUUUUAUUAGUAUAUUGUUGAUGUUGAUUCAAAUACUUUGCUCGUGUUUAGCUGGUGUCUACAAUGAAUAUUUACUUAAAAAAGGCCAGGGUGUUAAUGUAAAUGUUUAUGUGCAAAACAUAUAUAUGUACACUGAUUCAAUACUUUGUAAUGUAUUAUUGUGGAUAACAUUUAAACAUAAUGAAACAGAAAGCAAUGUCUCUGAAACAGACAUUUUUAAAAACUCUAUGGUCAUGUUUAUUGUGAUAAACAGUGCCAUUUAUGGUGUUGUAACUAGUUUACUACUACAUAGUUUAAAUUCAAUCAUGAAGGUUUUUGCCACAGCGAUUGAACUAGUCCUCAUUGCCGUAUUAUCAUGGGUACUUCUAGGAUACCCAAUCACUUUGCAGACUAUGUCAGCUGUAUGUAUUGUUUCGUGUUCCGUAGUUAUUUAUGCCAAACAUCCUCUUACAAAAAGUACACUACCAGCUACUAUUAGUAAUAAAAAUUUGGUAAAUAUUUAAAACUAAAUUAAAAAAAUAAUUAUUGGAAUAAAAUAUUAUAUUUAUCCACCUACUUAAUUUUCUUUCUCCAGAAUAAUGUAUACCUAUAACUUAUAAGUUAAUUAUAUAUUUUAUAUCAAUGUUUCUAUUAUUAUUAUCUCUCCAUACCUAAAUACCUAGGUAAUAUUUA